AUGGGAUCUAGCUGCUGCAAAUGUGGCCGAGGAGCCGCGGAAGGAUCAGAAAUAACGUUAGAGGACCUCGACGACCAAGCUAAAGACCUGAGAGAGAUGACAACACAAGAUACAAGAAAUGAAAACAUGCAAGAGACAACAGAAGAUACAGUAACUGAUGAUGAUGAUAGAUUCAAGCUUUUUAAAAGCAUUCCUACAUUGGAGGAACUUCAUGCUUUAGGUGGUGAAGGUCUAGAAGCUGAUGUGAUUAUUGUAGAUUUGGACAAAGAUAACAAGAUUAAAAGGCUAACGAAGUUGGCCAUUGCUGAAGUCCACUCGAAUCCAACUAAAGCUAUUCAGAUCAUUGGUGAACUGGUGGUAGAUUUUUAUGAACUAGCAGCUUCAAGAAGUCCAUCAAAAACUAGAAAACCAUUUGGAAGUCAUGGUUUUCCACUGCUAGGAGAGAUCAGUCAUGGUUCUUGUCAUACUCGAUCCAUCUUGUUUAAAGUUUUAGCUGAUGCUGUUAACCUUAAAAGCACACUUCUAAAGGGUUGUCCUAAUGAUCUGAACUCUUCUGCUACUAUCGACUCACAUAACCAUAUGUCUGUUGUUGUUAUGAACGAUACUGUGGAAAUACUGGCUCCUAUUUCAGUUGCUGGUGCUCGUGAGAGGUUCAUGCAAAAUGCUGACAAAACUAUUUUCAGCGAUGAUGCAUCAAGGUCAGUGAGAGAUGUAAAUGAAUCCUUGAUACAGACUCUCUUCUCGAAAGAGCAAGAUGACAAUGACAGCAUUGAGAGCCAUGAUAUCCACAUCUGGAAUAAAGUACUAGAAUCUCCAAUGUUCCAGAACAAGCCUUUGUUACCAAAUGAAGAAUGCAUCAUAGAUUCCUCCACUCUGAAACUUGGGACUCGUGUUGGAAUAGGUUGUUCUGCAGAAGUCUUCCGUGGCACAUGGAACGAAACAGAAGUUGCUAUCAAGAUCUUUGCUGAUCAAGAAGUUACAGUUGAGAACAUCAAAGACUUCUGCAAUGAGAUAUUCAUUCUUAGGCAUAUAUUAUAUGGACUUGUUGUAGUUAUCAUGUUUCAUGGAGUAUGCAUAAAGCCACAGUUAACACUGGUCACAGAGUAUGUGGAUAAAGGGUCUUUACAUCAUUUGCUUCAUUGGACUGAUGAAAUAAAGAAUUUAAGCUGGAGGGAGAAGAUAAACAUUUUGCAUGACAUUUGCAGGGGGUUAAUGUACAUACAUGGGAUGGGGAUAGUCCACAGAGAUUUAAAGAGUGCCAACUGCUUGCUGAGCAAUGAUUGGACAGUCAAGUUAUGUGACUUUGGUCUCUCCAUAAUGAUGGAAGGCACAACGGUCAAUGACAUUGUACCUGCAGGAACACCAGAAUGGGUUGCUCCUGAAGUUAUCCGCAACGAACCCUUGUCAGAAAAAUGUGAUAUCUAUAGCUUUGGUGUGAUCAUGUGGGAGCUAUGCACUCUCUCCAAGCCCUGGGAAGGUGUCCCCAAAGAGAAAGUUGUUAACACAGUUGCAAACGAGGGAGCUCGGCUAGAUAUACCUGAAGGACCAUUAGCUAAGCUUAUUGAAGAUUGUUGGUCAGAAGAACCAGAACAAAGACCAAACUGUGUAGAGAUACUGACCUAUCUAGCAACCUGCGAGAAGUCUCUUCCCUGA